UGCUUUUUACGACAAAUUCGCAUGCACAGGUCAGGUUAGUGUCGUUCGGAGAGUCAUAAAUAUAACUAAAAAAAAAUGUCGGAAGAAACAAAGAAACUCGACUUAUCUGGCGAUGGAGGCGUACUCAAGGAAAUACUGAAGGAGGGAACUGGCAACGAGACGCCAAAUAGCGGCUGCAAGGUAUCGCUUCACUAUACCGGCAGACUUGUUGACGGCACGGAAUUCGAUUCCAGCGUGGGUCGCAAUGAGCCAUUUGAAUUUGAAUUGGGCAAAGGACGCGUUAUCAAAGCCUUCGACAUGGGUGUCGCCACAAUGAAGCUGGGCGAGCGCUGUUUCUUGACAUGUGCUCCAAACUACGCUUACGGCGCUGCUGGCAGCCCGCCAAGCAUACCGCCAGACUCGACGCUUAUAUUUGAGCUGGAAAUGCUGGGCUGGAAAGGCGAGGAUCUCAGUCCAAAUCAAGAUGGCAGCAUCGAGCGCACCAUUCUGGAACCAAGCGAUAAAAAGCGGACACCUAGCGAUGGCGCAUUUGUCAAGGCUCACAUUUCUGGAAGCUUCGAUGGUCGCGUGUUCGAAGAACGCGAUGUAGAAUUCGAUUAUGGCGAGGGCAGUGCCAUUGGCAUAGUUGAAGGCCUCGAGCUGGCACUGGAGAAAAUGAAUAUUGGCGAAACAUCCAAAAUCAAAAUACAUUCAAAAUACGCAUUUGGGGCCAAGGGCAACGAGGCCUUUAAGAUACCGCCAAACUCAACUAUUGAGUACACUGUGAAAUUAAUAGACUGCGGCAAGGGCCUGGAGGAAUGGAAGUUGAGCGACAGUGAGCGCGUGGCUGAGGCAAAAGUCUAUAAGGAGAAGGGCACCAACUAUUUUAAAAAGGAUAAUUUCGAGCUAGCCAUUAAAAUGUACAAUAAGUGCAAGAACCUCUUACCCAGCAUAAAGGACAAUACCAGCGACGAGGUUAAGGCCCUGAAAGUGGCCACACACAGCAACAUCGCUCUGUGUCAUCAAAAAUCCAACGAUCACUUCGAGGCCAAGCAAGAGUGUAAUGCUGUGCUGGAAUUGGAUGCCAACAAUGUCAAGGCGCUGUAUCGCCGCGGUCAAUGUAAUCUGAUUAUAAAUGAGCUGGAGGAUGCUUUGGAAGAUUUUCAGAAAGUUAUACAACUGGAGCCUGGCAACAAGGCUGCUGCCAAUCAUAUUGUUAUUUGCAAGCAAAAGAUUAAGCAAAACAAGGACAAGGAGAAGAAGUUAUAUGCGAAUAUGUUCACCAAACUGGCUGCUGGCGACAAAGAGACGGAACCGCCACGCGAAACGGACGUACUGGACAAGUGUGGUGAAUGGUCCGAGGAGGAUGCGAAACGCGAAGCUGAUUUAACUUUAGAGCGCGACAAUAUCAUUAUGAUUUAAUUUAUAUGCACUCAGCUUGCGGCCCAAUGCGCUAUUUAUGAUACAUACCAAUAUUAUUAUUAAUGCUUGUAACCCCAAAUUAUGGAAAUGAAUGGUAAUGAAAAUAAA